AUGGAACAUCAGUAUAAACAACACUAUGCGGCGGCGGCUGUAGCUACGGCCACGAAAAUGAUUGAGUCCAAAGUGUUUGGACCCGACAGCCUGUUCGUGUCCUUCGUACUUGAUAAAUGGCACACCGAACCGAAUCAGUUCUGUUCGGUUGUGCUGUACGGGACGAUGACUAUCAGCGACCGAAAGUGUAGCAACCAGAGCCAUCCGCUAGUGUUAAAGUUCAAGCAUUUUACGCUCGAGAAGCUGGCAAUUUGCAGGAACGACCUGCAGUUUCAUAACGAGAAGCUGUUCUACGAAGAAUUCGCACCAUUUCUGAUGGCUAUUGGCUCACAGAAGGAUGGCGACUGUGCUACGAUGCCGUCGUUGUGCCGUUACUUUUACGGGCGUAACGAUUGUGGUGACCUAGUGGAUCGGGACCUGAUCGUCUUGGAAAACGAAACAGUUCGUGGAUACCGGUCAGCGGUGACCGACAAUGAAUAUAUUUUGGAUUUUGACCACCUGGUCAUGGCGAUAAGAACGCUGGCAAAGUUUCACGGCUUGUCUUAUAGAGCAAAACAUGUGAAUCGAGUAAAAUUCAAAGAACUGGGGGCAAAUAUAGUGGAAACGCAGUGGUCUCCAGAAGGCGAUUGGUACAUAAGUAGCAAAGGAUUCGAAGGACUGCUUUCCAAUGAGUUGGACACACUUGUGAAGAGUAAAAGUGGAUAUGACAAACAGGCACAGAUGUUCCGGACAGAAGUGUUGGCGGACGCAAUAAAGAUACUGAAGCGUGUGAUGGAACCGGACGAACCUCUGUCCGUGCUUUGCCAUGGUGAUUUCGGCCGCCACAACUUGCUGUUCCGGUAUGACAGCGAUGGACGGCUGUUUGACGCGCUGGUGUAUGAUAUGGCCACUAUCCGUUACGGGUCACCGGCCAUAGAUCUUAUACAUUUAAUGUACAUUAAUAUGGACCGCCAGGCCAGGGACGAUCACAUGGAAGAGUUGCUUGACGUUUAUUGUAAGACGCUGGCCUCUAUAGCCAGUGGCGCUCCGGUGCCGGACCGCAGUCAGAUUGACGUAGAAAUUCGCAAACAUGCAUACUAUGGACUGGCGUUCUCGUCGUUGGGAUUACGAAUAAUGUUUAGAGAUGACCAGAAUCUUCCUGACUUGUCCAAAUUGUUUGGCUUGACUGACGAAGAAGCGCUGCAGCUUUGGCUGUCGUGGGGUGGCAAUAGUGCCACUGAAUGGAUAGUUGAUAUUUUUCAACAUUAUCUGGACAUGACAUACACAGAUAAAGUAGCCGAUUGA